CUCUGAUUUUAUUAUCGACUCAUGUCGAAUAAAAGUCGAGGAAUAAAAUUAAAUGAAAUUUGUUGAAAAUGAUUCGGACGUGUUUAUUACGUGUUUGCGGACUUGUGAAAAAUUCAUCAAGAAAUGGUCCGUCUGUAAGCAACGGUAUACAUAAUUUAUCUGUUGAUCAUAUACGCUCAUAUCUAUUGAAGACGCACAUUCCUUUGGUACAUGGUACAAGGAAUUCAACGUUUUUCGUAAACAAAUCCGCAGAUGAAUUGUGGAAAGGUGUAACUUCUGUCAGUAAUGCAGGAAGACGUAGGGGUAGAGCAAAAGGCUUAGCAAGAAAGAGAGAUUUAAACAAGGGUCAGAUUAUUGGAGUAGGAAAAAUUCCAGUACAAUUCCCUGGUCUCAAUACUCCUGUGUUCAGAGGAAGGGAACUUGUACAACAGCAAAAGCUACCCAUGGAUCCUGAAAGGCAAGAAAGACUCGCAAAGCUACGGCAAAACUAUCAGUUAAGGCCAAAGCGGAUAAAAGUAUCACCAUUGGAACGUGGUUGGACGAGUGCUCAAAUAGGUGGUAGAAAGAUUGGACCACCUGAUCCUAUUGGAGAUGAUACCUUUGAUGGCUUUGAAACUUGGAUACUGGAAAGUAAAUUGGUAAAUCAUAUGACUGGUAAUUUAGGACGCAAGAGCAGAGUCAGUAUAUAUGUCGUAACAGGAAAUGGAAAUGGCUUGGCUGGAUUUGCACUAGGAAAAGCACCUGCACAGAAAGCAGCAAUAAAAAUGGCCAAGAAUAGGGCAGGUCAAAGAUUGAUGUAUAUUUCUAGAUACAAGGAGCAUACUGUAUUACAUGAUUUUUUUACACAAUUUGGAAAAACAAGGAUAUUUGUGAAAAAAAUGCAUGAAGGAUAUGGACUUGUCUGCCAUCGUGCAAUAAAAGCGUGUUGCGAAGCAAUUGGUAUAAAGGAUAUGCAUGCCAAAAUAGAAGGUUCUACGAAUUUACAGCAUAUUAUAAAAGCUUUCUUUAUUGGUUUAUUACAACAGAAAUCGUAUCAACAAUUAGCGGACGAAAAACGAUUGCAUUUGGUUGAAUUUAAAUCAGAAAACGGAAAUUAUCCAGUAGUGAUUGCUUCACCAUCAAAAGUAAGAAAGCCAGAAGAAAUAGCGUCAAACGAGAUUCUCGAUUUUACUCAAUACGUUUUGGGUGGCAAAGUAAUAUUACAAAAAAAGAAAUAUCCUCCGUUUUAUACACGACUUCCGUCGUACAAAACAAAAUUGGUAAAACUGGAACGAUUGAGGAACUUCGAUAAAACGAGGAUACAAUUAUUGGCAGAAUACGGAGCGUUACAUAGUUUUCUAACUGAAAAGUAUCCGGAGGCAAAGCUGCUUCCUAAGCCAAAGAAAAGUGAGAACAACGAAACAGAAGAAUAGACAAAAUGUCUAAUUGUUAUGCUCUAUGUGUAUAAAUGUUUAAAAUAAAGCUCUUAUUAU